GUUCAUAAUUGUCUCGGGUUCCUGUGCUGCGUUAAUCGAUGUUGAGUUUGCACGGUGGUUUGGUGAAACGAAUUGGUGUGAUAACAACGUUACUGAGAGGCACAGUCCAACCCGGAAUUCGAAUAACGAGCGCGAUAAACAUGCAGGAAUCUUACCCGGUUAUCGCUAAAGUUCCCACGCACAUACUGACGUGGGGAAAAUGGAUCGAGGAAUCGCUCGGAGAUCAGAAGGAGAUCGUGCUCUGCAUCACCGGUAAUCCGGGGUUGCCAGGAUUUUACACAAAAUUUCUGUCCACAGUGCACGAGUGUUUGAACAAGGAAAUGCCCGUAUGGGUCAUUGGUCAGGCUGGUCACGAUGAGGCUGACGAGAACCCGUACAAACGGCCGACGAAACCACUGAAGGGUAAUGAAGAGCUCUAUAACCUGAGCGGACAGCUGCAGCACAAGAUUGAGUUUAUUCGCAAAUACGUCCCGGAAGAUGUAAAGAUCCAUCUGAUUGCUCAUUCGAUCGGAUCCUACAUGGCACUGGAGUUGCUGAAGGUACCGGAUAUAAGUGCCCGGGUAAAGCACUGCUACUUUCUUUUCCCAACCCUCGAGAGAAUGGCAAGCACGAGAAACGGAUUUAUCGUGACACGGUUGAUCAAUCCGGUAUGGUGCGUCUGGCAAUGGUUUUAUCGGGUGUUCGCGAUGCUGCCCCUGUUUGUGCGUACGUGGAUAAUUUACAUCUACUUCCUGAUCGAUAGAAUCCCCAAGUGCUACUUAGGAACGGGUUUGAAGUACAUGAACCCGGCCGUGAUUGAUAAGAUUUGGUUUCUUGCCAUCGACGAAAUGAAAAAGGUGAAGGAGCUCGACGUCAACACCCUGUCCGAGAACAAACACCGAAUCAAGCUGUACUACGGGACGACCGAUGGAUGGGUACCGGUUAAGUACUAUCAUGACCUAAAGGCACGCCUUCCGGACAUAGAUGCUGAACUUUGCACAAAGAAAUAUGAUCAUGCAUUCGUUUUGCGCUCCGCCGCACAGAUGGGCUUUACUGUUGGUGAGUGGAUUUUGAAAUAUCGUGUUUAAAAAAAAUCUUAUUUAUAAGCAACCUAGUUGCAUAUGCCGGUACUAUGGUGAUUCUAAGUUGUUGAAACGAAAACCACAGGAAUCCUGGCGUUUUCUGAUAACGUGAUGCUGUGGUCUGUAGUCGCGGUAAAAUUGAAUAAAGUGAUUAGAACGAUAAUUAAACGGUCAAUUAUUCAUGUUAACUUAGUGACAUAACUUGCGAGUCCUCCCAUUUGCAUAAAAACAUAAUUUCAUAGCAUUUUUUCUAUUUGAUUCAACUUGCUUAUUGGAAAAAGAAAGAACACAAAUACUCGCUGCUACCAU